AUGGAGGAGACUGCGAGCUUCGAGAAACCAAGGGGAUAUACGAAAUGGAUUCCUGUGAUCAUCGCGGCCCUGAUGCUUUUCCUGGAGGCGUCCACGUACCGAUGUUCUGGCAUUUUUUACGUCAUGAUUAUGGACGAGUUCACCGUCACCCGGGGUCCGGCCUCCUGGCCAAUCAGCAUUCUAGGUGCCAUGAACGACAUCGGUGGAAUUCUGGCUGGCCCUCUGUGUUACCUGAUUUCUGUGAAAUCGGUUCUCUUGAUCGGGAGUUGUGCGAACGUGAUCGGCAUGGUGGGCGCAUCCUUCGCUCCAACACUCGCCUGGAUGUCGUUCACCUUGGGUUUCGUCCACGGUAUGGGAGGAGGCUUCAUUCGCACCAUGCUGCAGGUGUUUCUCAGCACGAACUACAGGAAACGCAUAGGAAUGGCUCACGGCCUCAUGUUCGCGGGAGCUGCAUCUUCCUCCUUCGUUUUUCCGUCCGUUCUACUUAGUUUAAAGAAGGCGUUCAGCACUCGUGGAAGUAUGUUAAUUCUGGGAGCAAUUCUCUUGCACCUUAUUCCUUUGUGCAUGCUGAUAAAGCAUCAAAAUCGUGACGACAGGUCUAAACAAGCUCCCACCAAUUCCAACGAUGGAAGCAUCCAAACUACGGAAGAACUAACGAAGUCAGAGACAUCUUCAAGACCGUGUUUUAGGAUUGCCAAGGAUGCUGGGAAAAUACUGUGCACACCAACAUUUUACGUCAUCGUAAUCUCCUGGUUAAUCGUGGUGUACACAAUAGAACUUUUUUUCAUGACCAUAGUGGACUUCGCAAUGGACAGGGGCUUAUCUGCCGAGAAUGUUGUGACCCUGCUGGCAGGCUACGCAGUGACUGAUCUCUGUGGAAGGAUUCUCCUCCCCGUAGCUGCUGACAACCAGUAUGUUCGUACAAGUACGCUCAUGGCGGUGAACUAUUUUUUCCUCGGUUCUUCAGUGCUUGCUUUGCCGGAAGUGUGGUCGUACGCCACCCUUCUUUUUACUGGGGCUUUAGCGGCAUUAUUUAUGGGGUGUGGACUUGCUAUGCACGGUGUACUGAUGGCGAAGUACAUUGGUACGGAGCGCCUGCCGCUCAGCUAUGGGAUUGCCGGUCUACUCAGUGGUCCCAUGGUCUUUCUCAAGCCCGUAGUCAUUGGCUAUUAUCGAGACAAUAUCGGCUCCUAUAACAACCUGUACAGACUCUUGGGUGGACUGUUGCUAUGCCUGUGUGCCCCAUGGAGUGCCACGACACUCUGGGAGUGCCAUCAAGAUAGGAAAAGAAAGUUACAACAGCAGCACCUAUACUCAAGUUGCAAAACCCAAGAACUUCCAGAGAAAUUGGCUAUCCCCUCUCGAGACAUGACUGGAGAUUGCUGA